AUGACCGGCAAACGUGAGAUGGGUUUGCUGAUUGUUGGUUUGUUGGCAUUGGCCGGGCAUAGUGUUUCGGCGCUAGAGCUGGGCCAAGACUGUGUGAAUCCUGCCGGACAGGCCGGUAAAUGUGUGUUGUUUAGAGAGUGUCAACCUCUGAUCACCAUCUACAACAAACCGGUCAACACGCCGGACGAUACGCAAUUCCUGACGGAAAGUCGCUGUGGUGUUUUUGAGCGCAAAACUCUGGUAUGCUGCGCGGGGGUAAAGAGCUCUGAAAAAACAUCACUGCCCGAGCCGCCGAACUGCGGAAUCCAGCUGUCGGAUCGUGUCAUUGGUGGACAGCCCACCAAAAUCGAUGAGUUCCCGUGGACGGCGCUGAUCGAGUAUCAGAAACCGGAUGGACGGUUCGGUUUCCAUUGUGGUGGUUCCAUCAUCAAUACGCGUUACAUCGUUACCGCCGCUCACUGUAUUAGUUCGAUUCCGCGAACCUGGAAGGUCCAUCGGGUGCGUUUGGGCGAGUGGGAUCUAGGUUCUUCCAACGAUUGCGAAGAUGACUUCUGCUCCAUUGCACCGAUUGAUCUGGACAUCGAGAAAAUCAUUGUACACACUGGUUAUGACACACGAGACAAGAGUCACCACAAUGAUAUUGCGCUAAUUCGCUUCAAUCGGGAGAUUCAUUAUUCCGAGACGGUUCGACCGAUUUGUUUGCCACUGUCUGCCUCCCUUCGUAGCCGUAAGCACGCGGGCAUGUCCAGCUAUGCUGCCGGUUGGGGCAAAACGGAAACGGCCUCAGCGAGUCAGAAGAAGCUGAAGGUGGAACUCAACGUUGUCGAUUUGAAGGAUUGUGCACCAGUUUACCAGCGCAGUAGCAUCACUCUCGACUCAACACAAAUGUGUGCCGGUGGAGCACGACUGAAGGACACGUGCAGCGGUGACUCGGGCGGCCCUCUGAUGCGUCAGAUCUCCGGAUCGUGGUACCUAAUCGGUGUGGUCAGCUUUGGACCACAGAAAUGCGGCACGGCCGGUGUACCGGGUGUGUACACUAAUGCUGCAGAAUAUGUUGAUUGGAUACGGGACAAUAUCUACUAG